GAUAUGAUAAGGAUCAGUUCAAUGUUCAUCAGUUCACUUUAAAUUCUAACCUUAAAGGUGACCACGUUGUAAAUAGUUAAUUUUAUGAGUUUGUGUAAUGGUUUAUAAAAGAAAAAAGUACCACUACGGAGAUACUCACUUGAAAAAGAAAUGGAGAACAAAACGAAGGACUAAAGAUUUAGACCAGAUCGACGAAGAUAUUAAGCCGGAAAAUGCGAGCCGCUUGUUGAAUCAAGAAGUAGAUCUCGACGUGCCAGGUGGAGCUCAGCAUUACUGUGUACAUUGUGCCCGACACUUCAUAAACAAUACCGCUUUACAAGAUCAUUUUAAAACAAAAGUCCACAAGCGAAGACUGAAAGCCUUAGAAUUGGAACCUUAUACCAUCGAGGACUCAGAACGUGCCGCUGGUUUCGGAAAUUGGAAAGCGCCUACUAAAAGGAAGAUUGAGACACAACCUCCAACUGCAGAAAAUACUAGUACUGGGGACGAAAACAACGAAGUUGACAGUCCUAGUAAAAAGAUGAGAAUAGAUGAAGACUCUUAAAAUGUUAAGUUACUUGAAACUUGUA